UACGAUUUCUCACAUGCUUCGGUCUGAAUCGGAAUAUAGUAGUUCAUUGAUGUGUGUGGCAAUGUUCUGUAAAUAAGAAAUAUGGAUAUGUAGAAGCAAAAAUAUGAAAAAUAUAAUUUAAGGAAUGUAUAAAAAUGUAUAGAUACUUACGAUUUCUCGCAUGCUUCGGUUUGGAUUGGAACGUAGUAGUUCGCCAUUUCUCUCGUAUUUUUCAAGAGUUGUCCGCUAACAAUGAGCAACUGAUGAGAGUAACGUUUUUAAAGUUCUUUUAUUUUAUAAUCCCCACCACCAUAUCGACAUCAAAUGUGGAAAUUACAUAUUUUAUGAUGAGAUCAUACACAUAUUCAAACGUAAAUCUUGCAAGCGUUGACAGAUGUGAUGAGAUCGCAGGAUAGUAAAACUCAGUUUUAGACACGUUUGAAUGUAAUUUAAUAUUACAAUGAAAUCAUAUAGUAUUGCAGAUUUGCAUUUUCAGCAUAAAAGCAUGCGUCAGAGUACAGCAGCUGUGAUGAUAUCAUAGGCGCUGAUAUCACAGAUCUAUAAAAUUAAUUUAGACACACGUUUGAAUAUAAUUUGACAUUACGAUGAAGUCAUGGAGCAAAUGUGACAGUUUUGUAUUUUUAGCGAACGCCUGCUGUGACUCGUUUAAAAGUAAUUUGAUAUCACGAUGAGAUCAUUUAAUAAUUUUACAAAGUCAGUGAUAUCAAAUAUACAUGUGAAUCUUACAAGCGCUGAUUUAUGACAGCUAAGAAGACUUUAGACAUGUAUCAAACUAUGAUACACUGUGAAUAACAUUUAAAGUGAUGGUGUCAUUAUAAAAUGACAAGAUCGCGAUGCAUCCCAUCAGUCUAUGCAGUCAAGCACAUUGUAAAAAUGGAGCAAACGGAGCGCGAUUUGGUGGAGCAAUCCACUCGAUUGAAUACGCAUAAAGAGUAUAUGGCGUGGGAGCAACGUUGUAUCGAGUUCAUCGAAUCGUUAGAUGGACGUAGCCGCAGUAAAUAUCCGCGAUUGUCAAUCGGCGGAAGACAAUCUGUGAUCGCUUGUAUCACGCGACUAGAAGGUUUGAAACAAAUGAUGCGUGGACGGUUUGUGCAAAUGGGCGCUGGAUAUAGUGCUGGACUCCGAUGGCGUGAGAUAGAUACAGUUUUUGAAAGUCGUAUACUGACUGGUGCUGUGAUUAAUUUCGAACACAUUGAACCGUAUCAAUUUCUAGAGGAUGCGCGAGAAAUUGUGCUUGAGCACGUGCAAAGUGUCAUGCAGAGACAUGGCAACGUAAAGAUAAACGCUAUUUUUAAUGGUGAAUUUGUCGCAGGUGACAAACGCGCUAAUAAGUGUAUCACAACAAGAAAUUAUGAACUCUUUCAAUGCUCCGAUUUGCAUGAGUGGUACCAGUUACACGUCAUCGAGAUAAUCCUAGCAUCGUUGGAGGAAUUCCAAGAACGCGAUAGCGGAUGGGCGUUGUCGCGUAUACUAAAUUUAACAAUAAAUAUAAACAAAUAUAACCCUUUGCAUGCAGGAUGCAACAUCCAGUUACCAAGUAAAAUUAUGAUGAAGAAAGCGGUAGUUAAUGUAAAAUCAAAUGACAAUGCAUGUUUUGCAUGGUCAGUGGUGGCCAGUCUGCAUCCUGCUGAAAGGAAUACAGAUCGAGAAUCUUCAUAUCCACAUUAUUCUACGGUAUUAAAUCUGAAAGGCAUUGAGUUUCCAAUGACACUGCCACAAAUUAAAAAGUUUGAAAUUCUCAACAAAAUCUCCAUUAAUCUAUACUGCAUCGAGGAGAAGAAAUUAUCUAUUUUUCCUAUACGACUCACCGAACGAAAAAUGGACAAACAUAUAAAUCUGCUAUACGUGCAGGAUGACAAUGUGGGACAUUUUGCGUUGAUAAAGAAUAUGUCCCGUCUCAUGAGUUCACAACUCAGUAAGAAAAAGAAUAAGAAAUUCUUUUGUGAUCGAUGUCUACAUUAUUUUAGUUCGAACGACAAGUUGGAAAUUCACACAAUGGACUGUGGAAAGAUAAACGAUUGCGCUAUCAUAUUACCAAGCGAAGAUGACAAAUGGCUGAGCUUUAAAAAUUACUGUCGAAAGGAACGAAUGCCGUUUAUCGUAUACGCCGAUUUGGAAUGCAUCCUGGAGAAGACUGAGGAUGAGAAAAAUUACCAGCAUCAUCGAGUAUUUAGCAUAGCAUAUUAUGUACACUGUGCGUAUGACAAUUCGCUAUCAAUGUAUCGGUUUCAUCGCGAUAAGAAUUGUAUCGCGUGGUUCGUCGAGCAACUUAAAGAUUUAGCACAAAUUGUAAAUAAUAUUCUGUCGGUUAAUGUUCCCAUGGAUUUAACACAAGACGAUUGGAAAAAAUUUAACAACGCUACACACUGCCACAUUUGUGAAAAACCAUUUACGAAUGAAAUAGAACGGGUACGCGAUCAUUGUCAUUUAACCGGUCGAUUCAGAGGUGCAGCGCAUUCAAAUUGCAAUUUAAAUUACAAAGAUUCGCAUUAUAUUCCUAUAGUUUUCCAUAACUUAUCUGGCUACGACGUGCAUUUUAUCAUCAAGGAAAUAGCUACAGCAUAUGAAGGACGAAUAGAUUUACUUCCGAUAACAAAAGAAAAUAUAUUUCAAAAUUUCGAUCUGUUAACACGAAAAGGUGUCUUCCCAUACGAGUAUGUUGACUGUGUGGAAAAAUUGGAAGAGUCAUGUUUGCCACCGCGCGAAUUAUUUUACAGUUCAUUGACGGGUGACACAGUAUCCGAGAGCGAUUACGCGCAUGCUGUCAACGUGUGGCAGCGGUUCUCCAUCCGAACGCUCGGAGAUUAUAGCGAUUUAUACUUGAAAACUGACGUACUGUUGUGUACUUGA